AAACUAUGGUCCCGCCCCCUCUCGCCGCCCUCUCAUUGGCCCCGGCCGGCUGUUGUUAGCCGGGCACAGUGGAGGACCCGGGAAAAGGAAGUGCGAGGGCCACUCUAAAGGAAAAAGGGGUAAUACUACUUCCGGAUCCCGGUCUUGCCUUGACGGUAACAAGAACAACAAAUCCCAGCAAACCCCGAGGCUUCGGCGCCUGCCCCGAUUGAACUACACGUCCCAGAAGGCACCACGAGCACGUUCAUGGCGCUGUCUGGGGCGUGAUGACGAAGGUAGUUGCCAUGGAGUUGCGCGGAGUAACCCUCAGGUAGUGGGACGCUGAGGCCGGAGGGUAAGAGACUGCGGGCUGAACCCAGACUCCCAGGGCACAUGCUUCCACCUGAUGAAUGAUGGCCUGAACUAUGAGCAAACGGGACUAUAUGAACACGUCGGUGCAGGAGCCUCCUCUUGACUACUCCUUCAAAAGCAUCCACGUGAUCCAAGAUCUGGUAAGCGAGGAGCCAAGGACAGGUCUACGACCAGUGAAGCACUCAAAGUCAGGAAAGUCACUGACCCAGUCCCUGUGGCUCAACAACAAUGUCCUCAACGACCUGAAAGACUUCAGCCAGGUGGUUACACAGCUUCUGCAGCACCCAGAGAACCUGGCCUGGAUCGACCUCUCCUUCAAUGACCUGACUUCCAUUGACCCUGUCCUAACAACAUUCUUCAACCUAAGUGUCCUCUACCUUCAUGGCAACAGUAUCCAUCGCCUAGGGGAGGUGAACAAGCUAUCUGUCCUCCCUCGCCUCCGGAGCCUGACCCUCCAUGGGAACCCCAUAGAGGAAGAAAAGGGGUAUAGGCAAUAUGUGCUAUGCAACCUGCCCCGAAUCACCACGUUCGACUUCAGUGGAAUCACCAAGGCAGACCGCACCACAGCCGAAGUCUGGAAACGCAUGAACAUCAAGCCCAAGAAGGUCCGGAUCAAGCAGGAUGUACUCUGAAAUUCACAGGACCCCAGCACACCUAAUGCCCUGAGGAUGAUCAGCUUGGUUUGACAAUAAAUGAUUUAAGCUGUUCAGCAAAUUAAAGUCCCCUGCACCUUGUAA